UAAGCUUGAUUUACUGACUUAAUCAUUAAUUUUUUUCUAUGCGUUUGGAUUUGUAAUUUUUGAAGUUUAAAUGAUUGUGAUACCGGUUUUAAUGGAGUAUUUAUCUUUAUCUUUAGAUAUGGUUAUUAUCACACUUUAUGAUUCUGAAUGUUAGCUUGCUAAAAUCAUGAAUGAGUUUUUAUUUUAUUGGAAUUAUUUUUCACUUCCAGAGCAAGAUUCUUGCGUAAAUGCUUUUGUGAUUUCGGUCGGUACAGGUGUCACGACACUGAUUGCAGUUGUUGCAGAAUUAACUACAAUUUGUUCUUAACUACAAUUUGUUCUUUAAUUUAAAAACGGUGAAUAACGGUAUCAGUACCGUUUUGUCGCAGUCCUUUUUGCGGUCUGCGGUCGCGGUCAGUUUUCAGAAACCCUGUUCCAAAGUGGAUUAGUAUACUUUUUAUUAUAUUAUUUUUUUAAAAUGUGGUCUGUGGUCUUUGGACCGACUAAUCUAGAGAACCAGUCUCCUCAUUCACCAGAAUUUGUAAGAGGAGGUCCAAUUGAAGUCAGGAUUUGUAAGGACCGACUGAACAUAAGAAUCGUUGGCUAAUAGAGCGUUGGGAAAAAAUGGCAUAGAAAAAAAUAAAUGAACACAAUCACAAUACAAGGAUAUAAUGUGGAAAUUUCAAAACUGGAGAAAACUUCUUCCUUUACAAAACUAACCGAUGUGAGACUUCUUCCACUGGUGGUUGUGGUGCUUGUGUAGUUAUAAUAUCCAAAUAUGAUCCUUUGCUUGACAGAGUUGAAGAUUUCACCGCAAGCUCUUGUCUCACACUACUUUGUAGCAUACAUGGAUGUUCAAUAACAACAAGUGAAGGCAUUGGAAAUAGCAAACAAGGAUUCCAUCCAAUUCAUGAAAGAUUUGCUGGAUUCCAUGCUUCUCAGUGUGGCUUUUGUACUCCUGGAAUGUGCGUUUCACUAUUUGGGACUCUUGUCAAUGCUGAAAAGAAUAAUUGUCCAGAGCUACCUUCUGGAUUCUCAAAAGUUACUGGUUUUGAGGCUGAAAAGGCUAUUGCAGGGAACCUUUGUCGCUGCACUGGUUACCGGCCAAUUGCUGAUGCCUGCAAAAGCUUUGCAGCUGAUGUUGAUAUGGAGGAUUUAGGGUUGAACUCUUUCUGGAGAAAGGGAGAGAGUACGGACUUGAAGCUUAGUAGGUUGCCUCAAUAUGACAAUCAUCACAAGAACAUCAAAUUUCCUUUGUUUCUGAAGGAUAUUAAACAUGAUUUGUUGUUGGCUUCUAAGGAAAACAGUUGGCACAAACCUACUAGUUUAGAGGAGCUUCAGAGCUUAUUGAAAUUAAACCAUGCCAAUGGAACCAGAAUAAAAGUGGUUGCAAAUAAUACUGGUAUGGGCUAUUACAAAGAUAAAGAACGAUAUGAUAAGUAUAUUGAUCUAAAGGGCAUUUCUGAGCUCUCAAAGAUCAGAAAAGAUCAAUCGGGGAUUGAAAUUGGAGCAGCAGUCACCAUAUCUAAAGCUAUUGAAGUACUAAAGCAGCAAAGCAAGAGUGACUUUAUCUCAGACUUUGUAAUGAUACUUGAAAAGAUUGCUGACCAUAUUGGAAAAGUUGCUUCAGGGUUUAUUCGAAACACGGCCAGUGUAGGUGGAAAUUUAAUUAUGGCACAAAAGAACAAUUUUCCCUCAGAUAUUGCUACUAUACUUCUUGCUGUGGAUUCGAUGGUUCAUAUAAUGAGUGGCACACAGUUUGAAUGGCUAACAUUGGAGGAAUUUUUGGAAAGACCGCCAUUAAGUUUGGAAAGUGUACUUUUAAGCAUUAAAAUUCCAAGUACAUCUUCAGAACAAAGAAAUAGAUUCUACUUCGAAACUUACCGAGCUUCUCCUAGACCGCUUGGAAACGCCCUUCCAUACUUAAAUGCUGCUUUCCUUGUUGAGGUGUCUCCUAGCAAGGAUUCUGGUGGAUCCAUGAUAGAAACUUGUAGGCUGUCUUUUGGUGCUUAUGGGAAUGAGCAUGCAAUCAGAGCAAAAAAUGUUGAGGAAUUUUUAACAGGAAAGAUGUUAAGUUUUAGCAUUCUGUAUGAAGCCAUCAACUUGCUUACAUCCACUAUUGUACCUAAAGAUGAAAACUCAAAAACUUCAUACUGUUCAAGUUUGGCAGCUAGUUUUGUUUUUCAGUUCUUUAACCCUCUAAUUGAAAUUUCUGCGGGAGCAACCAACUUCUCAAAUGGAUAUUCUAAUUUUCCAUUUGUGAAGGAUUUUCAUCAUGACAAAACUCCAACUUUAUUGUCAUCUGGGAAGCAAGUCCUUGAAGCAGGAAAUGAAUAUCACCCUAUUGGAAAACCAAUCUCUAAAUCAGGAGCUGCGCUACAAGCUUCAGGUGAGGCUGUGUUUGUGGAUGACAUUCCUUCGCCGCCAAAUUGCCUACAUGGAGCAUAUAUAUAUAGUUCAAAACCUUUGGCAAGGGUAAGGAGUAUAAAACUCAGCCCUGAGUUGCCGCUGGAUGGAGUAAGAGAUGUCAUUUCAAGUAAAGACAUUCCUAGUGGUGGGGAAAACAUUGGAGCUAAGACAGUUUUUGGCACAGAACCUUUAUUUGCAGAAGAGAUAGCCAGGUGUGUUGGCGAUCGUCUGGCCGCUGUGGUUGCAGAUAGUCAGAAACUUGCAGAUAUGGCAGCAAACUCAACCAUUGUCAAUUAUGAUACUGAAAAUCUUGAACAACCUAUUCUAUCUGUUGAAGAUGCCGUUAAGAGAUCAAGCUUUUUUGAAGUUCCUCCUUUUCUCUACCCAAAACAUGUUGGUGAUAUAUCAAAAGGAAUGGCUGAAGCUGAUCACAAGAUUCUUUCUGCCGAGUUGAAACUAGGGUCUCAAUACUAUUUCUAUAUGGAGACACAAACUGCACUUGCUGUGCCGGACGAAGACAAUUGCAUUACAGUUUACUCUUCAAGUCAAUGCCCUGAGUUUACUCAUUCUACUAUAGCAAGAUGCCUUGGUAUUCCUGAAAGUAAUGUAAGAGUAAUUACAAGAAGGGUUGGGGGAGGUUUUGGAGGAAAGGCCAUAAAAGCAAUAUCUACUGCUGUAUUUUGUGCACUCGCAGCACAGAAAUUAUGUCGCCCUGUCAGGAUGUAUAUGAAUCGAAAGACAGAUAUGAUAUUGGCUGGAGGAAGGCAUCCCAUGAAGAUUACAUACAAUGUUGGGUUUAAGAAUGAUGGGAAAAUUACUGCAUUAGAGCUUGAGAUAUUGGUCGAUGCUGGUAUAUAUAUGGAUAUAAGUGUAGUAAUGCCACAUAACAUAGUUGGUGCACUAAAAAAGUAUGACUGGGGUGCAUUAUCUUUUGAUAUAAAGGUAUGCCGAACAAAUCUUCCCAGUAGAUCUGCAAUGAGGGGCCCUGGGGAACUGCAGGGAUCAUUUAUUGCUGAACAUGUCAUGGAAAAUGUUGCAGCUACACUUUCAAUGGAUGUAGAUUCUGUCAGAAGCAUUAAUCUUCACACACACAAAAGUCUUCAGUCAUUCUAUGAACAUUGUUAUGGCGAACCUUUUGAGUAUACAUUGCCUUCAAUAUGGAGUAAGUUAGCUGUUUCUGCAAAUUAUGAACAAAGAAUCAAAAUGGUGAAGGAAUUUAACAGAAUUAGUAUUUGGAGAAAAAGGGGAAUUUCCCGAGUACCAGUUGUGUAUCAACUGUCUCUAAGACCCACUCCUGGAAAAGUAAGUAUUUUGUCGGAUGGGUCUGUUGUUGUUGAAGUUGGAGGAAUUGAACUGGGUCAGGGUCUAUGGACAAAGGUGAAACAGAUGGCUGCAUUUGCCCUCGGUACAAUUCAAUGUGAUGAAACUGAAAGUCUCUUAGACAAAAUAAGGGUUGUACAAGCUGAUACAGUGAGCUUGAUUCAAGGGGGGUUCACUGCUGGGAGCACCACAUCAGAGACAUGCUGUGAAGCAGUUAGGCUUAGCUGUGAUACCUUGGUUGAGAGGUUGAAGCCUCUCAAGGAAAAGCUGCAGGAAGAAAUGGGCUCUAUCAAGUGGGAGACACUUAUUCUUCAGGCAUACAUGCAAUCUGUCAACUUAUCAGCAUCUUCACUUUACGUACCCAGCAAUAACUCGACAAUGUACCUUAAUUAUGGUGCUGCAAUAAGUGAGGUGGAAAUAGACCUUCUGACUGGAGGAACCAGGUUUCUUCAAACAGAUAUCAUAUAUGAUUGUGGACAAAGUCUCAAUCCUGCUGUGGAUUUAGGACAGAUUGAAGGAGCUUUUGUCCAGGGAUUGGGGUUCUUCAUGCUUGAAGAAUAUGAAACAGACCUUAACGGUAUGUCGUUGGCAGAUGGUACAUGGAACUACAAAAUCCCUACAAUUGACACUAUUCCUCAACAGUUUAAUGUUCAAAUUCUCAACAGUGGGCAUCACCAGCAUCGUGUGCUUUCCUCAAAGGCUUCUGGCGAGCCACCCUUACUUCUAGCAGCUUCCGUUCACUGUGCCACAAGAGCAGCUAUCAAAGAAGCAAGGAAACAGCUUCUUUCAUGGAGCAACUUGGACGAACCAGAUUCUAUAUUUCAGUUGGGGGUUCCAGCAAACAUGCCUAUGGUAAAGGAACUUAGUGGACUGGAUGUUGUACAAAGAUACUUAAAAUGGAAGAUGAGCAUGGUGUAGAAGUGCUCAUUAUCCUUGAAAUUUUAGAAGAGUGGUUUUAACUUUUGGUGGAAAAAAUAAGUGGUGAUUCACAGAAAAAGUAAAAUUAAGCAGUGCUUUUAAUAUCACAUAAUAAUAUAGGAUUGUAGUUAUUUGGGAUAUACUUACAAUAAGACACAGGCUAGCUCAGCAGGGUAACUUGUGCAACAAGUAAAAGAACAGGCUGGAUAGAAGACUGGAUUCUCUCGUGUUAGAACUGCAUGUAAUAUUGUCAUGCUGAACUUUUGUUGUAUCUUUAUAGAUAUUAUGUAUUAUAAUUAUUAUUCAUUAAUAAAAUGGUCAUAGCAACGUCUAUCUCUUCUGAAUGCUCUUAGGGCAUAUAUAUGUUUUAAUUAUUGACUAGAUCUAUUCAAAGAAAAAGUAACAUUUCAGUAUGAA